CACAUAAUGCAAUGUGCAAUUGAUUUUGCAUAGGUUUUUGGGUAUGAGCAUGUGGAGAACAAGAAGUUACGAAUUUUAGCAAUUUUUUUAAACAAACAGACAGCUGACAAUGCGAUGCUUGAUGGGAGCUAAUAAAGCUUUAUUACAUCAGCUUUAGAAUUAGAUAGCAAUUCUGCUGCAAAUUCAUUUAUUUCGUGACGCCAACAAGUUCCUACAUUCUUACGCUCCUGUAGAAAACUACUUUUAUACGUAAUAGUACAAUUACUAUAAUUUAUCAUUGUCAUUAUGGAGAAAUUUCCCAUUGAAGCAUUACCAGCUACUGAUAUCACGGAUUUCCAAACGAAUUCUUCCCACCGUGAGUGGAUGGGACCCUUUACCUUUGUAUGUGGAGCGGAUACACAGUUUGGAAUGAUAGACAAUUAUCACCUUCAUAAGACCGAACCAAAUUGGGAUAAGGAGAUCAAACUCACCAGAGAGUCAAUUCAUCGGAUCAAUAAAAUGCUUCCAAAACCAAAAUUCUACAUUAUCUGUGGUGAUAUGCUUGAUGCAUUUCCUUACGAAGGGCUGCGGCAAAAAGAUCUCCGAGCCAAACAAUACGAAGACUUCACAAAAGUAUUUCAGGAACUGGAUGCUGAUGUGAAACUGGUUUGCGUUUGUGGAAACCAUGAUAUCGGUGACGUUCCAACUCAAGCGACCCUUAAUGUCUAUCGAAACCAGUUUGGUGCAGAUGUGUUUUCCUUUUGGGUUGGAGGGGUUAAAUUUUGUGUUAUUAAUUCUCAGUACUUUGAAGCUCCUGAUGCACUUCCACAAGAAACCAAGAGGCAAUUAGACUUUAUUGCAAAGGACAUUGCAGACCCAAAUGCAAAACAUAUUGUGGUCUUUCAACACAUUCCAUUCUUUAUUCAUGACCCAGCUGAAGAAAAAGAAUACUUUAAUUUAGACCCAGAGUUUAGGAUUAAAAUUCUGGACCAGUUGAGGGAUGCUGGGGUAAAGUACGUAUUUUGUGGGCACUAUCACCGAAACGCAGGAGGGGUUUAUAAAGACUUGGAACUCAUUGUUACCUCUGCAAUUGGAGCCCCUCUGGGAAAAGACCCUAGUGGAUUUCGUAUUGUAAAUGUUACAGAAGAAAAGAUUUCACAUGAAUACAUUCCAUUCAGAAAUUCCCCGGAUAUCGGAGAGAUUUAAGCGAUACGUGUCAAAAUGAGUCAAAACGCCAAAUCCCUAUGCAUGCAAACCUGAAAAGUCGAUUAAAAAUACAAGUACAACAGCAAUAACUUAUCCGACUUAAUAAUGUAAUAUUAUUAGUAUUAGUGUAAUCUUAGCUUCAGCUGUAGAGAAAUGUACAAGAAAUUAAAUUUUAUGACCUGCGAAAUAGGCCAGGACGAAAUUUCAAUUGAAAUUUCCAAUUUUAAAAACCAAA